AUGACAUUAGAGCUCAAUAUUUUUAAUGUGUGCAAACAUCCAGGGAAUGUUGAUGAGGAUGUACAUGAGGUUAAUAUGAUUGAGUCUCUUGUUCCAAGCAAAGUAUAUGAUUCUUCUUUGUUUGAUCCACUUGAAGCACGCUUGCUGGAACAAUCUUCUUUGUUAGAAAUGAAUGAAAAUAAUUCUGAAAAUUUUGAAUUCAUUAAUUGGUUGAAUUCUUCAAAGGUUCUUGAAAUGAAGGAAUCGAGACAGAAAUUUGAAGAACUUCCUCCAAAAACCAAUCCAGCAGUUCCAUCUAGUAAUAAAACUCUCAAGCUUGACUUGAAGGAAGAUUUGAAUG